GAUUUGACGCAGUAACGUGUUGGGGCUGCUAGGGGGGGAGGUAAACAAGAUGGCGACAACCUGAGAGGCAAGAGUAGCACGAAUAGUGAGGAAAUUUUUACUGAUAUUGUGUAAUACUGAAGCGGAACGUUUGAUUAAUCGAGGACGAACACGUUAAAAGUAUUUAAGCCUCACAAAGAAAUAACCUUCAUAAAGAUUAAGACAUCAGGCUGUAGAAACUGUAGUGACAUGGAGGACACCUGAGGGCAGUUCAGCGUGGUGGACAGUUCAGUCGAUCCCCUGGAGCCUGACUGACACCAGGGAUUGGAUUGAUACUGCUGCAUGCUUUGGUUGUCAAUUUAUGCCUGGAUCCAAUCCAACUAUAAACACUUAUGUGUCGGGUGGAAACUAUGACAUCCAGCAAGGACCUUUGACAGAAAUGCUGUGCUGCAAGGCCUUGAAACAAGACUGGUUUCCUUUACCUAAAGUUGUAUGGUAUUAAACUAUAAAACAAUAGCCUAGACCGUCGGAAAAGAAAAUAAUAGUGUAGAAUCCUUUUUUUUUUCCAUUUGAAGUUCUGUUUAGCUGCACUCAUCAAAGACGUAGCUCAUAAUGCACAGUCUAAAGCACUAAAUAAGCACUUGAGCCAAUAGGUUCUGCACCUCUUUUAGUUUCUGUCUAAAAUGAGCCCUAAUUUUUACAGGUUUUAGAUUUCUCUCUUACCUUUCGUCAGUUCUCAGGCUUUAUUUCUCUCCUUCGCAUUUUCCGCAUUUUAAAACUUCUCUAAUGGAAACCCUCGGUUCAGUGCUGAAAGGCUAACAGCAGAUUACACCCCAGCAGCAAUCAUAGCCAGUUUUCAAACGUUUAUUUUUUGCACGUAAGGCUUAGGCUGUGGUUGUAGAACCACCAGUCAUGAGUGCCAGGGAGCUGCAGCAUCUUGAUUAUCUAAAUGAAAACGAACUUAUGGAGAUGGACACUUUCAUUCACCGCAUUGACUCUACAGAGGUGAUCUAUCAGCCACGGAGGAAGAGGGCAAAGCUGAUUGGAAAGUAUCUGAUGGGAGAUCUGCUAGGGGAAGGAUCUUAUGGCAAAGUGAAAGAAAUGCUGGACUCGGAAACACUUUGUCGCAGGGCUGUGAAGAUACUGAAGAAGAAAAAGCUUAGGAGGAUUCCCAACGGAGAAGCCAAUGUGAAAAAGGAGAUUCAGCUGCUAAGAAGACUUCAACACAAGAAUGUGAUUCAGUUAGUUGAUGUGCUCUAUAACGAAGAGAAGCAAAAAAUGUAUAUGGUAAUGGAGUAUUGUGUUUGUGGGAUGCAAGAAAUGCUGGACAGUGUCUCAGAGAAAAGGUUUCCAGUAUUCCAAGCUCACGGGUACUUUUGCCAACUCAUAGAUGGCCUUGAAUAUUUGCACAGCCAGGGAAUAGUUCACAAAGAUAUUAAACCAGGAAAUCUGCUGCUGACCACAGACGGAUCCCUUAAAAUCUCUGACCUUGGAGUAGCAGAGGCCCUUCAUCCUUUUGCUGAGGAUGACACGUGUCGCACUAGUCAGGGCUCGCCAGCCUUCCAGCCCCCAGAGAUCGCUAAUGGCCUGGACACCUUUUCAGGGUUUAAAGUGGACAUCUGGUCUGCUGGAGUAACACUAUACAACAUUACAACAAGUCUUUAUCCUUUUGAGGGAGACAAUAUCUAUAAGCUAUUUGAGAACAUCGGAAAAGGCGACUACACUAUUCCUGAAGAGUGUGGACCCCUCCUGUCGGACCUGCUACGAGGAAUGCUUGAGUAUGACCCUGCCAAGAGGUUUUCCAUACAGAACAUAAGGCAACACAACUGGGUGAGGAAGAAACACCCUCCAUCUGAGCCCCCGGUACCCAUUCCUGCCAGUGCAGAAUGCAGGGACCCGUGGCGGAGUAUGACGGUAGUCCCCUACCUGGAGGACCUACACGGCUACACAGAGGAUGAUGAUGAUGAGCUUUACGAUGGAGAGGAUGAGAUCAUUUACACUCAGGACUUCACAGUGCCAGGGCAAGUGGUAGAAGAAGAGCUGCAUCAGGGGAGCACAGACCCCAGUCUAGCUGUAGCCAAGCCAGUUUGUGUGAAUGGGACAGAAGGAGGGUCUCUAAACAGCAAGACCAAAGCUGAACGCAGAUCCUCGUCCUCAUCCAACCCCUCACGUAAAGGACUCUCCACAGCCAGCAAAAUCCGCAAGCUCUCCACCUGCAAGCAGCAAUGACGCCCCACAACGUGGUCUCCUCCCAAGACAACAACCCACCUGGUUUUUGGAGUCUGCUGACAUUUAUGUCCCCCACACCUCCCCAGACCACAGAGUCUUUGGACGAUGAGGUGCAAGUGACCUGAAAGAGGAAGACAGCAUAACAUUUUUUUUUUUGUUUGAGACUGAGGCACUUGCUGUGAAGAUGGUUUUCAUUUCCUGCAAUAUUUUGGUUCCUCUCAACUUGUGUCAUCCACCUCCGUCCUCUGGUCCCCCAGACAUCUCCUCUGUCGUCCUCAUCAGAUGGACGAGUGUUGCACCGGACGUUUUAGACAUCAUCCUGUCCCUCCACCACCUCCUUCUGUUUAUUUGACUUCCUUUGUUUUUAUGGAUCCCUAAUGGCAGUUUUUAAUACACAUUGUGAUGUGUAAAACAUUAAAGUGGAAAAACAACAACA